AUGACUGUAUACGAGAUAUCUGGUCAACCACAUUUGGCCAAACAAUCUCUAGCUGAAAUGGAUCCUAAUCAAUUAUCACCAUUAACACCUGAAGUGAUUAGUCGACAAGCAACCAUUAAUAUUGGUAUAAUUGGUCAUGUCGCACAUGGUAAAUCAACAGUUGUUAAAUGUUUAUCUGGUGCUGCAACAGGUCGAUUUAAAAGUGAAAAAGAUCGAAAUAUGACAAUUAAAUUAGGUUAUGCCAACGCCAAAAUAUUCGAAUGUGACAAUGAUAAAUGUCCUCGACCCAGACGUUUUCGUUCAGCUGGUCCAAGUAAAGAAGAUGUAUUUCCAUGUGAUCGACCAAGAUGUGGCGGUCAAUUUCGUCUUGUUCGACAUGUUUCAUUUGUGGAUUGUCCUGGUCAGAAUUCUCUUAUGGCAACUAUGUUAAACGGUACCGCUGUUAUGGAUGCUGCUCUUUUACUUAUCGCUGCUAACGACACUUGCCCACAACCACAAACAUCUGAACAUUUAGCAGCUAUAAGUAUAAUGAAUUUAAAUUCAAUAUUGGUCUUACAAAAUAAAAUUGAUCUUGUUAAAGAAGUUCAAGCAAAAGAACAAUAUCAACAAAUUAUUGAUUUUCUUAAAGGCACAAAUGCUGAAGGUGCUCCAAUUAUACAGAUAAGUGCAAUACUUAAAUAUAAUAUUGAAGUUAUUUGCGAAUAUGUUAUAAGAAAAAUUCCUGUACCACUACGUGAUUUUACAUCAAAACCGAGAUUGAUUGUUAUUCGAUCAUUUGAUAUUAAUAAACCCGGUACCAAAGUUGAUGAUCUGAAAGGUGGUGUAGCCGGUGGUAGUAUUGUUAAAGGCAUUUUGAAAAUUGAUCAAGAAAUUGAAGUACGUCCUGGUAUUGUAUCAAAAGAUAAUGAAGGUCGUCUUCAAUGUUGUCCACUUCUUUCAAAAAUUGUUUCACUCUAUGCAGAACAGAACGAUUUGGCUUUUGCUGUACCUGGUGGGCUUAUUGGCGUUGGAACAAAAAUUGAUCCGACUUUAUGUCGAGCUGAUCGUCUUGUUGGUCAGGUACUUGGUGAAGUCGGUGCAUUACCAGAGAUUUAUACUAAAAUUCAAAUAAUUUAUUUCCUUCUUAGACGUUUGGUUGGUGUACGAACUGAAGGUGAUAAAAAGGGUGCCAAGGUUGCUAAAUUAACUAAAAAUGAAAUGUUAAUGGUUAAUAUUGGUUCAUUAUGUACCGGUGGUCGAGUAUUAGCUAUAAAAGAUAAUUUAGCUAAAAUUCAAUUAACAAGUCCAGCUUGUGUUGAAGUAUCUGAAAAGAUUGCUUUAAGUCGUCGUGUUAAUUAUGAUUUUCGUUUGAUUGGUUGGGGAGAAUUUCGACGAGGAACAGUGAUUAAACCACAGGUGGAAAUACCUACAACAUGA